AUGGCGAUCCCAGUAGGGCGCACUCUCUUCAAAAAGAAGGAGGGUGUUCUAACUCUGACGAGUGACCGUCAGUUGGUCACUUGGACCCCUAAUUCUGGAGGCCCUCCAACCGUGACACUCAAUAUCAACAACAUCACAAAUCUUCAGCAGACUCCAGAUUCCUCACCCAAGGUGAUGCUCAAGAUCUUCGAAAAGGUUGGAGAUGCGGACCCUGCUACAUAUCUCUUUCAUUUCAACACUGCCGAAGCCAAGGAUGAGGCAAAGGCAGUCAAAGAUCUCCUGUCCAGCUUAUUGGCUUCAUCGCGCGGCGGCGAUGCGACUGUUCCAAAGCCUUCUGGUUUAAAUGGCGGCUCUUCAACACCGAACCCAAGCGCUGCGAACGCUGGUAGCGGUUCAGCAUCCAUGGCCUUUGCCAGCGCUGUCAACUCACAACAUGCUUCAUUCUCGCGCUGGUUCGAUGACUCGCAACUCAGGAACGAUAUCGAGCUACAGCAGUCCCUUAUGAGGAAGGAAACUAGCCUACAUCAGACUUAUGUUGAAGCAAUGCAAACCAAGCCUGAAUCAUUAUCAGGAGCCGCGUUCAAUGCACAGUUUUGGUCAACGCGCACAAACAUUCUCCGUGCUCACGCGAUUGAGAUUAACCAGAAGAAAGGAGCCUACAACGUUCUCUCCACAGUCAAGCCAAAAACCGUCGACGGUGAGCUAAAACUGAACAUUAGCGUGGAGCAGGUACAGAUGAUAUUCGCACAACAUCCUCUAAUCAAGCGUGUUUACAACGAGAACGUCCCCAAGUUAUCCGAGGCAGAAUUCUGGUCACGUUUCUUCCUCAGCAGACUUUCCAAAAAGUUACGCGGUGAACGAGUCGCAGAAAACGACCCUACAGACCCUCUGUUCGAUAAAUACGAUCCAAGCGAGAAUACUGUCGCAAUUCAGAGCAAGAUCAUGGCCCAGCAGGUGCCACACAUCAUCGAUAUAGAAGCCAACGAGGAGAACCAAGGAGGUUUCAGAAGUGGAAACGCAAAGGACGUUGAGAUGCGCCCGAGAGCAAACAUGCCCAUCGUGAAGACGCUGAACAGCCUCAGCGAGAAGAUCAUGGCCAACGUGGCUCCGUCUGACGCCAAUACGGAUGACCCUGAUGGAGGAUACAAUGCCUACGUCCAACUGGCACUACGUGAUCUCAAGGGUGACGCUCAAGAGCAUCGCAUCAUGCUCAACGUGAAGGAGCAGAACAAAUUCUUCUCGAAACACGACUCAGCCCCCUCGAAGCAGGCUGCCAUCUUCGAAAAACAAGUACCCGGCGAUGUGCUUUUCGAUAUUUUGGGAGAUCUAGAGACACUCGAGAGUGAUGGAGCUGGCGGCAUCAAUAUCCAGGCAGCGAUGGGAUUCGACGAACAAAGCGACAGCGACGAUGACACCCCUAAAAGACCGCAUGUUGGUUCUCGCUCUGCCCUCCAGGCCGCUGACAAGGACAUUAUGAAGGGCGUACGCCAGCAACGUGCCCAGAAGUUCGGACAUGAUACGGACACUGCUGAGCCCAUGGGUUUACCUGUUGAGAUCUCGCGCAAAUGCAGCCUCACUCAUGCUACCACCAUCGAGUUCUUGCAUCAAUUCUGGAACGCAUUUCUUUCAGGGGACGCAGACCGCGCUGGGGAACUACAAUACUUGGCCGAGUCUCUUGGCCGCUCUAUUACACGAAUCAACGCCGUCGCAGAAGAAGCAGACAACGAACGAGAAGAGAUCAUACGGACGCGGAAGAAGGAGAUCCGGGAUCAUUUUGAGCGUACCGGCAAGAAAAUACGGUGGAGAUCGGAGAAUGUUAAAGGUGGGAAGGCAGCGGUGGUUGCGUUAAUGCAACCGACAAUUAAUGCCUUGGAAAAGGCCCAGGCAGAGUACUCAAGAGCACUGGCGUUAGAAGGCAUCCAGAUAUCAACAGAGGCAUAA